UUCUCUGUUAUUGCAUUUCUGUGUUAUUCCGCUCCAUACCGCUACAUAUACUAACUACAUAUGUAUGCAUACGUACAUAUAUAUAUGUACAAGUAUGUACCGCGAAACAAGCAACAUGCAAAAGAAUUACAUUUAUUUAUGUCCAAAACACAUCACUUUUAUUCAGUUUUACUAAAUUUCCAGUUUCUCGCUUUUUUUAAUGCUUUUUGUUUUUUGGCGAAGAUCAAAAAUUCCGCUCCAAACUCAACCAUAUAAAAUCACAGCACCGCUGUCCUUAUCAUACUUGUUGAAUCAAAAUUUUCACCGAUCACUUGCGCUCUUGUGGCCUUCCCUUUCGCGCUCUAGUUGGUGGCUGGAGAGAGAGAGCGAUCUAGUAUCUUGUGCUUAGAGAAUAGUGAAAAUGGCAAUAAAGUUUCUGAUUUGGAAUUUUUUCGUCUGCACAUGGCUUUUUUGUUAUUGCUGUUAUUUCUUUGUCGGUUGGCUGGCUGUUGAAGCUGUUGGCGAUAGAUUGGCUUGAAAGCAUUUGUUGCAUUUCUUAAAUAUUUGUUUCUUGUUUUUGGUAUGAUGUAUGUUUGAUUGAUCGCAAUUGCUCUUUUUUUUUAAAUAAUGCUUCGUUAACAGAACGGCCCAAGUCUUCACAGUGUGUUUUUAACAGAGAGCUUCACUGUCAAAAAUUUAGUGUAUUAUAUAUUUGGAGUGAUUAAAUUAAAUUUGUACAUAUUUUAAAGAAAAGCGAUCUUUUCUGACCAAAAAUUUAAUAAACUUUGAUCUAUAUGCAAUAUUAAAAAAUUUUCUAAUAAAGUUCUUUUUGAAUUUUUGAAAAAUAUUCGCUCUUAGACUUUGAUUCAUGCCAUAAAUUAAGUCAACAUCAUUCAAAUAAAUGAACUAUCAAAAAAUUGUUUAUAAUAACAAUUUACAUCCAAUAAUUUGUACAAUGUGUUAUUUAUUUAAGAAAUUCCUCCUCCUAAUCUCUUAUUGGACAAUGUAGGCUCACACAUCAUAAAGCUGAGUGCGCCUUUCUGUUAAUAACAUCGCUGUUUUUCAUUAUUGCUGUUGUUCUUUAUAGCAGUAACGUUCGAUAACAAUGGUCACUGAUCGAGGAUACAAACAUUCCAUUUUUAUUACGAUCAGAUUCGUUGACGUUUUGUUGAACUGGUUGAAAGCAUAUUACACACACAUGUUUGACUGCUGUAAGGAUGGGGUAGUGAAACGGCAAUUAAUCGAUGAAAAUUUGUGUUUGAAGAAGUUGAAUAAAUAAAAAAUAAUAAUAAAUUAUUAGUAAAAUAUUUUUCAACAAAAUCCAUUUACGAAAUUGUGGAUAUUUAUACAAAAGUGUGAAAUUUAGCAAUAUAUUAUUUGACAAUUAAAUUGAAAAUAAGUUGCAAUUACUAAUUCUCCUCUUCUCGCGCUUUCUAUGCAAGUCCACUGAGCUAAUUUUGUGUUAAUUAUUUUGUACUUGCAGUUAUUGGAAAUUAUACAUACUUACCUAUGUACAUAUGUACACCACAAAACCUACCGCUGAAGUUUAUAACUUUUAAUUUUACUUGAAAUGAUAUAAGACAACGCUUUGUUAAAUAUUGCAAAGAAAAAUAAUAAGUGAAAAAUGUGUAGAAAAUUAAAAAAAUAAACGCUGAAAUGAAAUACCAAAACAAGUUAAGAGAAACGAGGAAUUUCAAAGUGGUUGCGCGACGGUGAAGACGAAACGUGCGCGUAACAAAGACGAAACGAGCGUGUGCGCGUGCGCAAAGUGAACGGACGUGGACGUGUGCAAGAGCGAGUAACCGAUCGUGUCGAGCAUCAACAAGUAGCUGUGAGUUUUAAGCAAAAUUGCAUUUCAUCGGGUAUUUUGUGUGGAAAAAGUGCAACGACUGUUGUUGCAACAACAACAAUCGCGCAAAUAAGCAAAACAAAAACAAAAAUUGUGUUCGGGUCGCAAAAGUAUGCAAAAUAAAAACAGAAAGAAAAAAUGAGUCUGAAAUAAAAAAAAAAUAAUAAUAUUAAAAAUGCGUUAAAGUAAAAAAUACCAGAAAUAAUAUACACAGCAACUACAAAGAAGAUUGCGAUUUCAUGUGCGCGUAUAUGAAAAGCAAAAAGUGUACAACGAAAGCUGGUUUAUAAUGUAAGCGAAAAGUGCGUAUAUUUCAUUUAAAAUAUUUUUUUUUUUUCGUAAAAAAAGAAGAAUUUCAAUUUACUCAGCUAUCGCGUCAAAAGCUAUGAAGCAUUGCAUAUAAAGUUUUGGGAUAUAAAUAAAAUUGAUAACGUAUUGUUUUGUGAAAUUUUACUUUGCUUUUUACAGACACUAUUACUUUUAUUUUCAAGUUUAUGUGCGCCAUUUGUUUUAAUUUCGCUUUUCUGCAAUUAAUUUUGCGUGUUAUUUCUUCACAUUUAAUUUGCCCUCAACAAAGUGUGUAAAAAUUGCUUGUUAUUGUUUCAAUUCAACUAAAGUUGAAUUAAAAAAUUAGUUAAGGUUCAUGAAAAUGGAUUGAUUAAAAACUUUUAUUUUUUGCACGCUAAUGAAAUAUGUUCAUAAUUUUUUUUUUAAAUAAAUAAAUAAAUCACAUUCUUUAAAUUGUUGCUUGAAAUUAUGAAGAAUAAUCAAACGAAAAACGCAAACAACAAUAACACCAAUAACAAUAACGCCAACAGUAAAAAUUUAAAUUAUUUAAAUAACAUCAAUAAAAAAUUCAAUAACAGCACCACCAUCAACAACAAUAAAAUCAACAAAGGCACACAAUCGUCAGCAAGCAACAUAACAGGCAACAUUAUAACUAACAGCAAUAAACAAAAUAUUAAUAAUAAUAAAUCAAAGAACAAGAAGAAUAAUAAUAAACGCACAUUACGAUUGGGUCGUAAUAAAAUGGGCGGCCGCAAGGAUGUGCGUCGCGGCCUCGAGCCAUUGGAAUUCGAGGAAUGCAUUGUUGAUAGUCCAGAAUUUCGUGAUAAUUUAAAUCGUCAUGAAAAGGAGUUAGAUCACACUAGUCAUCAAAUCAAGCGUAUCAUCAAGGAGGUAAAGGAUUUGAUGAGCGCAGCUAAAGUAUUGUCCACCCGCAUGAAACAAUUGGCCCAUUUACUGGACGAUUUCAAUUUUGAAUGCAUCGGCACAGCGCAAACAGAUGACGAGAAUGUCAUUUGCGAAAGUCUGAAACAUUUCGCCGCCAUAAUCGGAACCAUCGAAGAUGAGCGAGAAAAAAUGCUGACGCUGGCGGAUCAACACAUCAUUUCACCGCUGGAGGAUUUUCGAAAGAAACACAUUGGCGGCGUUAAGGAGAACAAGAAAAAGUUCGACAAAAAGACGGAAAAGUUUUGCCAGACACAAGAACGCUUCCUGAAUAUGUCAACAAAAAAGCCAGAGAACACGAUACAAGAGGCGGACGCCAGUCUGGGCAUGCACGAACGUGAAUAUGUACAGGAAUCCCUGAGUUACGUUCUACGCAUACAGGAAGUACAGGAACGCAUUAAAUUUGAAUUUGUUGAAAUCUUACUUGGCUUCAUCUCCGGCUGGUUGGUAUUCUAUCAUACGGCGCACGAACAGGCUGAGGAUAAUCGUGAUUACCUGCAAGAUUUGCGACACAAAGUGCAAAAGACGCGGGAGAAUUUCGAAGGCACUCGAGAGAAAGUCACUGAAUUGAAGACAAAAUAUAUGGAAAAGAGAACGAAACCCGAAGAGAAAUUUACAAAACGUGGCUAUUUAUUUUUGAUGGAAAAAAGCUCGAUUUUGAAAAUUUCUCUUUUAGAACCCUUCAAAGCAACAUGGACGAAAUACUAUUGUACAUACAAGAAACAAAAGAAGGAAUUCACAAUGUUGCAAUUCAACCAGAUGAAUCACAGCUCAACGCGGCCUGAGGGGCGUGAAGAGGAGAAAUUAACACUGUACUCGUGUCAUCCACGCAACUCGGAGUUCGAGAAGCGUUUCUGCUUCGAUUUGACAUUCAAAGAGAAACCGGGCAUUGUGUAUACAUUUCAAGCGCUCAGCGAGGACGAUCGACAGGCGUGGGUGAAAGCAAUGGACGGCACUGAAUCGACCUACUUUGCUCCAGGCAAAGUGAAGGCUGGCGAGGAAUAUCAAUUGGACGACAUGGGUUUCGCUUUCGUACGCCGUUGUAUCGAUGUGCUGGAGAAGCGUGGCCUCGAAGAUGAGGGCAUUUACCGCAAGAGCGGUGUUGGGACGAAAAUCUCCAAGCUCCUAUCGCUGGGCAUGGAUCACAAGAAGGCGGAGAGUGUCUUUAACGAUGACCAAUAUCGUGACCUCAUGGAGAGUAAUACCAUAGCGAGUGCGUUGAAGACUUACUUGCGUAAUUUGAACGAGCCGCUGAUGACAUAUCGCUACCACAGUGGCUUCAUCGAGGCGGCAAAACAAGAGAGCCUUAAUCAGCGCGUUCAUGAGGUGCAUAAAUUGGUGCACAAGCUGCCACAGGCCAACUUCGAGAUGCUCGAUCUUGUCAUACGACAUCUGACAGAGGUGUCACGUAAAUUCGAAAAGAAUAAAAUGUCCGUCUUCAAUCUGGGCGUUGUGUUCGGUCCAACACUGUUGCGACCACAAGAGGAGACCGUUGCUGCCAUAUUGGACAUCAAGUUCAACAACAUUGUUAUAAACAUAUUAAUUGAAAAUUACGAUCGCAUAUUUAAGAGCGAUCCGAGCGCGCCAAUGCUGAGUGCGCCCAAUCCCACUAGUCCGCCGACGCGUGUGCCACGCGCUAGUCAAGCUGGUAAAUCACCGUCAGCGGGUGGUGGCGGCGGCGGGGUGGGCAACGGCGGGCGUACGUCCAUGUAUUCACCGCAACAGCAAGUGUACCGAUUAGUUACCAAGUCCAAUUUUACAGAUCCACCGAUGUCAUCGAGUUUACAAAACAUUCCAAAUGGCUUAAUCUAUUCGCACGGUGGUGGCGGAGGAGGCGGCGGUGGUGUUGGCCUCAACCCAUCGAACCGCACAAACGGCGGCCUUGUCGGCGGUCACACGACCAACGGUAGCGGCGGUGGCGGCGGAAGCAGUGGCCCUAAAAGUCUUGGCAUGAGCGUCAACAUGGGCAGCGUGAAGAACUUACAUUCCAUGUCGCAGAGUGAUAUCAGCGUGCGUAAUCUGCGUAGCGGUAAUGGCGGUAGCAGUGUUGUGAACAGCAGUGCCGCCGAUGCUGUGUAUGGCAUACUCGGUGGCGGCACCAAUGGCUCCGGUUUGACUGCGCAUCAUGCCACGCCCGCAAAUGCCACACAACUGCGUCAAGAUUAUCUAAUGGCCACAGCUACGCCAGCGUCGACGGGUGUUGUCGGCGGCAGCGGCGGAAUUUAUUCCACUGCCUCCACGGGCAGCACAACGCGUCUGAAUAUGAAUAAUGUUUCCCCACCAACGAUAUCAAUGCGCACUGAGGCGUUAUAUGGUUCGACAUCGUUAGCGGGCGGUGGCGGUGGCGGCGGCAGUGGUGGUGGUGGUGGCGGUCAAUCGCAACUUUCCCGCAUGUCAUACGCACAGGCGAAACACUACUCGCCAGUCGCAGCAGCCGCAUCAACUUCUAGUUCCAAUGAGAGUGUCUGUGAUUCUUUAUCGUCAGCCAAUGGCAUUGGCGGAGGUAGUAAUAAUGGCAGUCGUUUAUUGGGUGGCGGCGGUGGUGGUGGUAAUUCACUGGACUAUGUGCCACAUUCCUCGCAAGCGUCCUCACUGUCGACGCUCUUGGGCUCCACCUGUGACGAUGUGGUGACUGCGACGGCGGCACCUUCAAUGAUUGGCGGUGGCGGUAGUUCGCCGAAAGACGGCGAGUAUGUGCCGGCUAAGGUGCAUCGCAAUAAGGAGAUACAACGAGAGCUGAAUGCGGGCACGGCGCGCGUACGCACACUCUACGCGUGCAUGGGCGAGAGUGAGGGUGAACUGUCAUUCGAGCCCAAUCAGAUCAUCACCAAUGUGCGCUACUCACACGAACCGGGCUGGCUGCAGGGUACGCUUAACGGCAAAACGGGACUUAUACCGCAGAACUACGUUGAACACUUGAAACCAUACCACUAGAAUAGAUCUUUAAGUAACUAACAUACAUAGAUAUGGAAUUCGUUGAUUUACAUAUAUACAAUAUGUAUUAUGUAUUUAAAUGUAUAUGUAUAUGUAUAACUGCAUACAUAUGUAUUAUGUAUGUAUGCUAUGUUUUUGUAUGUGUAUGUAAACUAAAUGGCAAAAAUGUCGUCGCUCGCGACGUGCGAUGGAAAACAGUUGGUGUGAUGUAAAAUUAAAACAAAAUAAAAAGUACGAAAUUGAAGAGUACUUAUAGUUAAUUAGUUGCAUAAGUAGCAUGUAAAGUGUGUAAGGGAAGUAAAGAAGGAGGAAAGAAGCGGAAAGGAAAAAUAGCAGAAAAUAGCAAGCAAAUUGCGCCACUUGAAAUUCAAAAGAAAGACGCAAACGAAUCAACAACAGCAAAAAAUAAUUGCAUAAACGAAUAAAUACCGUUAGACUAUUGCAAAGCAAUCAAAGCAAUAUUUAAACUGUGUGUUAACUGUAAAAGUCCAUAAAAGCUCCAAAUAGCAGUUGCCACGUACACAAACAUAAAAUUAUAAAUUAUAAAAUUUAAUCUAAAAUUGAAUGGGAAAGUAAAAUUUUCACAAAUAAAUAAAAAUAAAAUAAAGUAGCGUUCGAACGCACAGCAGCAUACAAAAGCAAAAACAAAAACAAAAGAAAAAUUUUCAAGAAAUCAACACCAAUUAACAGACUUAUUUACCAACGCCACCAACAACAAA